UGCAUAAACUUUUGCUUUCACAUGUAUCUUUUUAGAAUAUUUAAUAAUUUUAAAUUCAAUCAUCAUCUUUAUACAAGAGAAUAACAUUUGCCUCUUCUUAAAUAUUUCACUAAAGAAUAAAUAAAUAAUUUCAACUAACAAUAAGAAAACAUGAGAACAAAUCUUAAUUUUAUAGUUUGUUAUACAUGUAUAUGUGACUGAAUUAAUAUUUAAAUGUAAUAUAAUAGUGGUAUAUAUUGCAUAUGAAAGUUUCUUGUGUCAUGAAUUUCAAGGAAAUAGAAAACAUUACGCAAAUAAUCACGACCAAAUAAUGAAAUUAUGGACGUAUAAUAAUAAAUAAUAUAUCAUUUAACCUAGAAGUAACCCUCUCUCAUCAUCUUCUAGGGUUUUACUAUUAUUACAGGUUGAAAUUUGCACAAACUAAAUAAAUUUGAAUACAGUAUUGGACACACAAUUUGAAUUACCAUUUGGGUGACGAACUGAAGUAAAAAUUUGUUGCUAUCAACAAAAUUGAGUUUGAAGUAGAAUGCAAAAUGGAUGCACCAGGUGGCUGCUAACGGAAUCGAUCGUGUCAUAAGGAAUGAACAUCAGAAUGUGUCAAUUUGUCAAACACAUUGGCGUCGUUAUGAACGCAACGCAGCCCCUACUGCAUUCUUUAGAUGAAUGCAGUUGAGACACAUCGCAACAUAUAACUCAUCACCAUGAUUGUAACAACAUCAUAACGUAAUAACCUCUUUCUGCUUAAUCUAGAAUCGUGACUCAAAAUAAAAGGUUUACGUUUCCGACACAAAGAAAGUGCAUAGAGAGAGACCUCUGCUUUGGCGCUUCCGGAGGGUGAGUUGUUGUGACCACCGUAUCACGAACCAUAACCACCGUAACCUCUCCUCGUUUGCAUCGCAAUGGCGGCGGUUUCAUCGCCAUGUCAGCUCCUAGAAAUGAACGUAAUAUCGGCCCAAGAUCUGGCCCAAGUUUCGAAAUCAAUUCAGGCGUAUGCGGUGGCGUGGGUACACCCAGAACGCAAAUUAACGACGCAAAUAGACGAAGUGGGCCACACCAAUCCCACGUGGAACGAGAAGUUCGUGUUCCGCGUCGACGACGAAUUCCUCAACAACGAAAACUCCGUCGUAAUGGUCGAAAUCUACACCGCCACGUGGCUCCGUGACGUCCUCAUCGGCACCGUCGGCGUCCUCGUCAGCAACCUCCUUCCACCCUCCAACUGCAACCACCGGAACACUAAACUCCGUUUCGUUGCUCUUCAGAUUCGAAGACCCUCGGGUCGCCCUCAAGGGAUUCUCAACGUCGGCGUUACUCUCCUCGACAGCACCAUGCGGAGCAUGCCAAUUUAUUCUGAACUUAGUGCCUCUUGGGAUAUGAUGGAAUCCAAUAAUAAGAAGAAGAAAUCGAAUCCCAAGCUCGAGGAGUUUGAUGAUUCCGAGGUUGAUUCCAAGCUUAUGACGUUACAACGUUGUCAGAGCGAGAAAAAUGAUUCGACAAUUAAUGAUUAUGCAUAUCAUGGCGCUGGAAAGCAAGCGUACGGUUACGGUUAUGAUGGCGGUGAUUCGGAAUUGGGGUUUCGAAAACGGGGUGAUGUUUUGAAUGAUGAGUCGCUGUGUAAUUCCGACGUGGGGCCGUCGCCGUCGGUGGUGGCGGCGGCGAUAGCGAAUGGAUUGUAUCCCAUGCCGCAUGCUCCGCCGUCCGCGGCGGAGAGUUCGACAAUUGAUGGGUGGUCGGAGAGCAACGGCACGGAGAUGAAGAUGAAGAUGGAGCGGUGGAGGGCGGAGCUUACGCCGGCGUUUGAAGACUACGAUGAGGAAAGGAAGAAGUUGAUGCAAACGCCGAAGCGCGUGGGCCAAACUCCGACACGGCCUGGGCGGCGUAAGUUUUCGUGUUUUGGGACGGCCUUUGGGUGUGAGUUUUCGAUAACUUGCGGCGCGGGUAACCGUAAGAAGAGGGUUGCGAUAGGGAAGGGUCGUCUCACAAGCUUGUCUGAGCUCACUUUCGAUGACUCCUAUAUUUGA